AUUCUAGCCCCAACGCCCCAUGAUCCAAACCCGACUCGGGAACCCACGGAUAAUCCCAUCCUCCGUCAGCCGUUUCGUCCGUGGAAAUAAAGAGGAAUUUCCCGGUCCGGUCCCCAUGAUCAAGUACAAACACAACACACACACACACACACACACACAUACACACACGCUGCAACACUUCAUAUAUAAUUUUGGAAGCACUCAAACGCUUCAUCUUCCCUCUCCAAUCCUUUUUUCUUUCUCUUUCACGCAGACACACACACACAGACACGCUUCGCAUUCCUCUAUAUGAGAAACCCUAGAGCCAACGGAGGGGGCCGUUAUUGUGUGGUCUAAUUUGAAUUCCCGCUUCCUCUUUCCUCAAAUCGCCAUCGGUUUUCAGAAUCUUCGUUUCCAGGCAAAUCCGAGGUAAAUUAGGUUCUUCUUCCACCGUCUUUAUCUUUGAAUCUGCUGAAUCUUUUUCUUCUAUUGACCAAGUCUGUUUAUUUGUUACUUUUUUGUCUUUCGUCAUUUGUUGAAAUUUCCACUUUUUUUCGUCAAUAUCCGGCAAAAGAUUAGAUUUUUUUCAUUCCGAUUAGAAGAUAAUGUUUUAAUCUUUUAUUAUGGUAGGUGAAGUGCUUUUGUGCUUAUUGAUUGAUGAUUUUGGCGUGCUUUACUAACUUUUUCUUAUCAAUCAACAAUUUUGAAUGGAGCAGCCAGUUAGUAAUUAGAGACGAAGUGGAGUUAGCUAUUUUAGUAGAUUUCAAUGGCUUUUGAGAUUCAUCUUGUAGGGUGGGGAUAUGAGCUAAGUAUUUGACUUUUGCUCCAAAUCUUUGUUGCGGAUUGUGUUUUUCAUUUAAAGAACCAAUCUUUCUUCAAUUUUUUUUCACCCCAUAUGGUGGUAGCAUUCUUUUUCAGUCCCCUAUGAAUUGAUUUGUCCUCCCAUUGGCCUUAACUUAAAGCUCUUGUUUAUUAAAUCAUAUUGGGACAAAGGUGUAGUGUUGCUUACUGCAAUUUUUCUCCUACUUGAAGGUUUAAUGCCUCUUCUUAGUUUCACAUAUUUUGAUAACUUGUUGGCUUGUUGGGUUCAUAUUGAAAGGCUAAGGUUUAGAUUUAUCUUGUAAUUUCAGUUGGCUGUUCUCCUUCAGUUUCAUAUUCUUCAUCAGGGAAAUUGAUUAUGAUUGCAAAGAUCUGGCUUUUAUAUGUUUUUUUUUUUACUUGAACACCUCUUUUAUUCAGAUAUUUGUGUAGCAAUAGUACCUUUAGUCUCUCUUUCCUUUUCGGGAUGUUUUCCUGUAUAAAGUGUUGAUGUUUUGUGUUUCUGUUUAUCUUGAAUUCCAGGUUUUAGGAGUGAGCCCCAAUAAUUACCAUGAGCACCUCUGAACAUAGGAGUCGGCCAUGUGCAAAGCCUCAGACUCGAAGGCGAAAGGCAGCAUUAAAUGUUGACCUUAAUGUUCCUCCACCUGGAGAUAACCGCGAACAAGUGGGGCCUUCUUCACGUUCUCAGGGCCAAGAUUGUGAAACUAACCAAGGAGUUGCACCAAUGCCAACUGCUCCUAUUGAUCUAGAGGCACUUGAUGAUGAUGUGAUUAUAUCCACCCCAAGUGCUUUUGCUGAGGCCAAAAACAAUUCUCGGAGAAAUCUUGGGCGACCAGUUGUGGUUGAUAUAGAAUCUGAAGACUUUUCAGAUCGACUCCCUCAAGAUAUUCACAACAAGCGGCGAAGAACUCGUCCAAGCCAGACAGUCAACUUUUUUAUCAAUCUGGAAGCUGCCAGCAACGCUGCGCCAGCACCACCUCCACCACCUAAGGAGCCUACCUUUAAUUGUCCAGUUUGCAUGGGCCCAUUGGUUGAAGAAAUGUCCACCAAGUGUGGCCACAUUUUUUGUAAAGCAUGUAUCAAAGCGUCCAUUGCUGCUCAGAAUAAAUGCCCAACGUGUAGGAGGAAAGUCACUAUGAAAGAGUUGAUCAGAGUUUAUCUCCCUGCUGCCAGUUAAUCUUUCAGGUUAGGCUCUUCACUUGUGUUGUCAUAUCUUGCAUACUUGUAUCAAUCUCUUGGGUCUCUUUGUAAGUAGGAAUAUAGGCAUGGUGUUGCUUCAUAAUGAACUUGCUGAUAGAUAUACAGGGUAUCUGGGGUGCUGAUAGACAUAGGAUGCUCGUUUAUUUCAUGAUGCCAUGAGCCUGGAAACAUAUUCUAUUUCUAAGCUCUAACUGUUGGCUUGUUUGAUUCCUGUAGGCUUGGGUUGCGACGGUUUAGAGGGAGGCCAGGAUACAGGAAGAACGAUAACGUUAAUGUGAUGCCGGUAUACUGUGAAAGUCGGUGGUAGAAUGCAUAAUUUGGCAGAAGCGCCUGUGGGAGUUGUAGCUGCAUUGGUGGAUGUACUUUAUUGUCAGCUGGUAAUAACAAAACCCAACAAAGAUGCCAUUCUUUAGGUGUCAUUUGAUGUAAUUUUUUUGAAUUGAACAAAAGCCUUAGGAUGCUUAAUCGUUGUUCGAUAGUAGUGGAUACCGACUUGCACCACUCUAUGCUGUGCAAGUGCUCUUCAUUUUAGAAUAUUCUUCAGAUUCAUAACUUAUGAAGGCUUCUAACUUCUAUCUUCACCUUCUUCACCAUUUGCACCGUUGCGAUGAUACUCUGUUGUACCAAUCUUUUGGUGCAUCAUGUAAUGUAAUGUAUCAUGAAUGCUAUGCAUGCUGUAGAGUGCAGUUGUGCCCUCAUAAAAAAAAGGAUUAAUGAUUUAGCAAAUAUAUCUGGUAGAUUAAUGUCCAAGUUUUCUUUACCUCCCUUUCUAAGUUGUAGCCACCAUGAUUUCCAAGCUAAGCAAGAGAAAACAGAAAACAACUAAAAAGCACAAUUGAGGGACGAUUCAUAUGGAUAAUGCAUAAUAAUUAUUAAUUAACCAAGGUCCAUACAUCUCUGUGUGUGAACAGAGAAGUGGACGAUUCAUUUAGUAGUUAACUAAAAAACAGCAAUUUUCAAAAAAAAAAAAAAAAAAAAAACUUAAAACCAGCAUAAUAAUAAUUUAUUAAGGCCCAUACAUCUCUGUGAGAGAAGGGAUGGUGGACCACAGGCAAAUAACUCAUUAUCAUUUUGGUGGAAUACCAGCCGGGAAGUCCUUGUUCUUGGUCAGUCGAGCCCAGUAGCUUUGCUGUGCAGGGAUAGCAGGCCUGGCCACUCUCAGAGAUCCAGUAAGAAUAGGGCCCAACGGCUUGCUUACAAGCUGCUCAGGUAGCUUCCUUCCUUGUUGGUGGCCGGCAAUUGCGCGACCUUGAAUACCAUUGCCACCUGGUGAAAGUAUGUUACGCCCAUAUACAACAUGGUUUUGGUAGGAGUAAGAGUUUCUCUCAGAUUUCCCUUCAGCCAGAAAAGCCACUGAAAGGAGAACCAGAGCAAGAAAAGUAAUGGAAAUCUUCGGCAUGGUUUUUUUUUUUUUUUGGCUUCAAAAUUCAAUGGGUGAAAUGGUGUAGAUGUUCUGUUCUAGAACUAUUCAAUUAUACUGCAAAAAAGUAGCACAAGGGGAAUCUCGAUAAUUGAGUACUUGCGUGGAGGAUAAGGUGUUUAGGAUUAAUGGAAAUGCUUUUGUAACAAAGUUCCAAGAAGUUGUUACUAGCUACCUACCUCUUCUGGGCAAAGAUUUGUUUGUUCUUGUUACUACUUGUUAGUAGUAGAUUUCUUAUCAUUAACUUAUUAGUCUUUUUAGCAUUAUUCUCAAAGAAAGUAAAAUCCUAUCUUUGCAUUAUUUUGGCACGAGAUGCAUGCGAUUUAAUUAGUCUUGUCUCCAUUCUGCAAUUCCAUUUCUGUUUGCGAUCGAUGGAUAUGGCCAACACUUCGGUUCAAUUGGCAUUUGGUAAAUGAGGAAUGAUAGGA